AUGAUAGCCCCCAGAAUACCAGCCGCCGCCAAAGCUGCCUUUAGAAGUCCCAUCUGGACUCCUCUCAGGCCACAUUCCCAAUGGCAGCGCACAUCGCAACUACGCAACCCGCAUCCGAGCCUCCUCACCCGCCUCCCAAAGCUCCUCCGACCACUUACGCAACAAGCCAAAUCCAUCGCGCACGGCGACAAAGACUACGAAAUCCCCGAACGACUCCUCAUCUACCACGCCGGCACAGGACGAAUAACCUUCCUCGCCAUGCUCAAACUAACGGCCCUCCUCAUGGGUGCGUUCUUCACGCUCCUCGUCGUGCCGAGCUACGUCAGGGCAGAGAAGCCGCUCCAGGACACGGCAGCAGCCGCCGCCUGCGGCGUCGUGCCCAUGCUCUUCGUGGCAUACUCGACUGCCCCCUUCGUGACGCACAUGCACGUCCACCUGCCGGCGGCGGCGCGCGCGUCGCCCGCCGUGCUGAAGCGCUUCGUCGCCGCCAUGCCGCCCGGCACCCGGCUCACGCUGACGACCAUGAGCAGCUUCACCGCCAAGCCGCGCUGCAGUGCCGUCCGGGUGGGCGAACUGCGUGCUGCCGUGCCCGGCACGCGCUUCGGGCUGGUCAACUACGUGAGGGACGUCGAGGCCGAGGACGCGCGCAGGAAGUGGUACAUGUAUAGGGCUGUGCGGAGCUUCUACGUCCAGGACGCGAGGGCCCGGCACCAAGCCAAGAAGCAGAAGCAGCAGCAGAGGCAGCAGCAGCUGGGGGAGAAGGGGAAGGCGACGGCAACGGUGGUGCAUACGUGGAUUUGGGACGCAGCGAGGGACAAGAUUGCCAAGAGGGAGAGGGCUGCUGCCGGCUCUGUUUGA